AUGGUGUUCUUAGCUACUGCGCAGGUCAUAAUCAAGACUAGUACUUACGAGCACUCGGCACGUUUACUAAUCGACACUGGUUCAGAGUUGUCAUUUAUAACCGAAACUCUUGUUAACAAUGCUAAUUUAACAAGAAUAAGAAGCACUGUAGAAGUACAAGGCAUUGGUGGAGCUUCGGCUCUUAAAACAAGAGGAAAAGUCAACGUAAUACUUCACUCAGUACAUAAAAUUAAAAAUGUAGAGAUCGAAGCUCACAUACUGCCAGUAAUUACUUCUAUGAUACCAUCACAAGAUUACGAAGUUGAUAAACAUGCUUUUGCCAAAAUCACACUAGCUGACGAACAAUUCAACAAAGCUCGUAGUAUUGAUUUGAUAAUUGGUGCUGAUUAUUACGGCAUGAUUAUUAGACCAAACUCCAUGAGAUUUCCGAACACCAACUUAUCAGCACAAUUGUCCAUCUUCGGGUGGCUUGUUAUUGGUAAACCUUUACCAUUAAGGACAAAUGAUAAGUUCAAAGUCGAAUCAAUAACAUUUAGACCUGAAUAUGUAUCAACAAGCUCAGCACCCCAAGAUAGGAUCAACUAUGUUCAAUGUUAUCAAGCCAGAUCAACAAUAUCAGACUUGGAUCUCGAAUCUCUGUUAAAACUAUUUUGGGUGCAAGAAGAAACACCAAAUUCUGAACUUAGUUCACUUACUCAAGAAGAUCAACAAUGUGAAGACCACUUUAAGUCCACACACUCUCGAAAUAAUGAAGGCAGGUAUAUCGUACGUAUUCCAUUAAAGGAUACAAUUAGUACACUAGGCAAUUCAUAUUGUUCAGCUCAUAAAUGCCUACAACGUACUUUGCGACGACUUGCACGUGAUCACACCUACAAAUUACUAUAUGAUCAGUUCAUGAAAGAAUACGAAGACUUGAAUCACAUGAGAGAAAUACCAGAAAACAAGUUAGUAAACAACCAACAUUAUUACUUACCGCAUCAUGGUGUAAUAAGAGAACAAAGUACAACUACUAAACUACGUGUAGUUUUCAAUGGUUCAAGUAAGACCACCUCAGGUAAAUCAAUAAAUGAUAUUAUGCUUCCUGGUCCAAACCUGUUAUUGAACAUAGUUGACGUUUUAACUUGGAUCAGACAAUAUCCAUAUUUAUUUUCAACUGAUAUAACAAAGAUGUUCAGACAAAUAGAAGUACACGAAGAUGAUUGGGAUCUUCAAAGAAUACUCUGGGUCGAUUCACAAAACAAUGAACAUCAUUAUCACCUCACUACGAUCACAUAUGGUACGAGAGCAGCACCUUAUCUUGCUGUAAGAACACUGCUACAAUUAGUUCAAGAUGAAGGUCAUAACUAUCCUCUAGCUGUACCAUCAUUAGUGCACGGUCGAUAUGUCGAUGAUAUAUUUGGAGGAGGAGAUACUCCAAAUGAACUUGAAGAAAAGGCUUACCAAUUGAAAGCACUUUGCAAGGCGGGCGGCUUUCCUCUUGCGAAAUGGCAUUCAUCACUACCACAUAUAACACAAGAAACAACAGAUCACACUAAGAUCACAUUUGACAAUUGUGAUACUCAAAUACUCGGUAUUUAUUGGUCACCAUCGAAGGACACAUUCACGUUUGCAACAAGUGAAACUAAGAAUGGAAAUAAGUGCACUAAACGCCUCAUAUUAUCUCAGAUAGCUACGAUAUUUGAUCCUCUAGGUUUUGCUUCUCCAGUAAUAGUGAAAGCAAAAAUAUUUAUGCAAGAACUCUGGCUACUAAAACUAGGUUGGGAUGAUAACCUACCGAACACACAAACAAACAAAUGGUACAUUAUUAAAAAUGAAUUGAUGAAUCUGACGAGAAUCUCAAUUCCCAGGUGGUUUAACACAUAUAAAAAUUCUAGUGUUGAGCUGCAUGGCUUUUCUGAUGCAUCACAAUUAGCAAUGGCUGCAGCCAUUUACUUAGUAAUUCACGAAUCGUCCAACGGCGCCACGAGUACACUUAUAUGUUCAAAAACAAAAGUAGCACCUUUAAAGAAAAUCACCAUACCACGCUUAGAACUUACAGCAUCUCUGUUAUUGGCCAAACUAUCAGAUCACUUUAGAAAACAACUGCAGUUUAAGAUCACGAACGUAUACUUAUGGACGGAUUCAAAAGUAACACUAGACUGGAUCAAAGCACCACCAGCUCGCUGGAAAGAAUUUGUGUGUAACAGAGUCUCACAAAUUCAACAAUUAACUGAACACGCUCACUGGAGGCAUGUACCUGGCACUCAAAAUCCAGCCGAUUGUGCAUCAAGAGGUACAACAACAGAACACCUAUCACAAAAUAAAUUGUGGUGGAAAGGACCACCAUGGUUGAUACAAAAUCAGCACACUUGGCCGAAACUCACAAAUGAAACACAAAGUUCCAGCCUGCUAGAAGAAAGACCAGGACUUACACUUUUAGCAACUCAAGACAAUAAAACGAACACAUGGGAUCUUAUAAACAGAUAUUCAUCUGUCACUACAUUAUUUAAGAUCACAUCUCUCUGCUUCCGGUUUAUUUAUAAAUUGAAAUCUAAAUCUUUACAACCACAUGAAGCAUUAAAUUUAGCCAGAAAAUACUGGAUUAAGACCACACAAUUAGUAUAUUUUGCAACCGAACUACACACGUUACAAAAACAUAACAAUCUACCUACUCAUAGUGCUUUAAAUAAGUUAACAGCAUUCUUAGACUCUGAGGGAGUACUACGAGUUGGUGGGAGACUAGAACACGCAUCAUUAACUUAUGAUAACAAACAUCCAGCUAUACUACCAAAAAAUUCUCGCCUAACAAUAUUGCUGAUUGAACAUGCACACAAAGUCACACUUCAUGGUGGUACACAGCUCACAUUAGGACACAUUAGACAACAUUAUUGGAUCAUUGGAGGAAGAACUAGUGUAAAAUCAUGCAUUUUAAAAUGUGUGGUGUGUGCUCGACAAAGAGGGAUCCGUGCUCAUCAACAGAUGGGCCAACUACCUCUUUCAAGAGUAACACCUGCACGAGCAUUUGAGCACACAGGUAUUGAUUAUGCCGGUCCAAUUAUAUUAAAAAAUUGGAAGUCAAGAGGAGCAAAAACAUACAAAGUUCGUUUAGUUGAUGAGGAUAUUCGUCAUCCUUUUUUAGUUGCUCAUAAAAUUGAUUUAAAAAAAUAUGCUGGAUCAGCAGUAUCAAUAAGUCCUGAUUGUGAUAAAGCUGAUGCUGACAGAACAGCAUCAAUAUCACCAAAUAGCGUUUGCAAACGUAGAUAUUUAUCUGAUGGUGUUGAAAAUUGUAGUGCUAUUCGUAUGGAUGGAAAAAAUUAUCCACCUGAGAUAAUAUCAACUAAUAAUAAUACAGUUACAAUUAGUGCUGUUACAAUAAUUAUGAUUUUUUUAAUAAUAUUCAUAAUGGGACUUUGUCGUAGUUAA